CAGUUUCAGCUAUAUUUAAGAUUUUGGGGGGAAAGUUCAAGGUCACACUAUCUUCUUGAGAACAGCCUUAAGUCCAUGGCAUCAGGGCUGAGAGAGUCCAAAGAUCAGAUGUGUUAAUAACUUACAAGCUCUCUCACCUGUCUCUCUAACUCUCUCUCUCUUUGUACCUGACUGCACAGCUCUCUGUGUCAAACUGUAACUCUCUCUAUCUUUUUUUAACCACAUUUUCUUCUCUGCCUGUAUCACCGCUUGUUUUUGACAAUGUCCAAGGGGGAACACAUCGUCUGUGCUGAUGAGUUUUUCCAGGAACGAGGGCCGACCGUCACUUUCAGCAACUUGCACUACAGUGUUCAGGAGACGAGGUUCUGCUGCAGGAGAGGUCCUGAAAAAUACAUCCUCAAUGAUGUCAGCGGUAUCAUGAGACCUGGGAUGAACGCCAUCAUGGGUGCCACUGGAAGUGGUAAAACAUCACUCCUUGAUGUAAUCGCAGGAAGAAAAGACCCAGUUGGACUGAAGCAAGGAAAAGUGUUGGUGGAUGGCAAUGUCGUCACGUCUGAGCUCAGACUCAGCUCUGCCUAUGUGGUCCAGGAUGAUAUCCUGAUGGGCACUUUGUCUGUGAGGGAGAACCUUCGAUUCAGUGCCAACCUGCGUCUAGACCCUGAUCAUCACUCCUCCACAGAUAAAAAAAACAGAGUUGAUGGCAUAAUACAAGACCUGGGCCUAACAGACUGUGCAGACACCAAGAUAGGGACAGAGUUUCUGCGUGGUGUCUCUGGAGGUGAAAGAAAAAGGUGCAGCAUCGGGAUGGAGCUCAUCACCUCUCCCUCUCUGCUUUUUCUGGAUGAACCGACCACAGGGCUGGAUUCUAACACUGCAAACAGUAUCAUCAAUCUACUGCAAAGGCUGUCCAGAAGAGGAAAGACUGUGAUCUUCUCCAUCCACCAGCCACGCUACUCCAUCGUCAGACAGUUUGACCAUCUGACUCUGAUGCAUAAAGGGGAGGUGGUGUACGCUGGAGCAGCAGACCAGGCACUGGAAUAUUUCACAAACCUUGGCUACCAAAUCGAGCCCUUCAACAACCCAGCUGACUUCUUCAUGGACAUCACAAAUGGAGAGGCACAAUCAACAUUAGAAUCAGUUACUGCAGUCGAGUGCAUUAACCCAUUGGCAACAAGGUUUCGCCAGUCCCAACUGUGCCAUAAAGUGCUUGAGGAGUUGGACCAUGUGAACCAGAGUGUUGCUAACAAGGCCAAAGGUCAAGAAAAGCCCCCCGACUAUGCUACCUCUUUCCUCUAUCAGAUGCGUGUGGUGUGUGGCAGGACGGUGAUGAACUCUCUGAGGAACCCUCAGACCUCUUAUGCCCAGAUGGCUCUCAACAUCUUCUUUGCAGUUCUGGUGGGACUCAUUUAUUUCCAAAUGCCCUUAACAAUGCCCGAGGCUACACAGAACAGGACGGGAGCGUUCUUCUUCCUUAUCAUCAACAUGGUGUUCGGGAAUCUCUCUGCCGUUGAACUCUUUAUCAAUGAAAGGGCAAUCUUCAUCCACGAGAACUCGAGUGGCUAUUACCGUACCUCUGUCUACUUCCUGUCAAAGAUCUUUGCUGAUCUCAUCCCCAACCGCGUCAUUCCCAUCUUUAUUUUUUCAGCCAUCGCCUACUAUAUGAUGGGACUGAAGCCGGACUUUGAAUCCUUUGCGUGUUUCGCCCUGAACAUGUCUCUGGUCAGCCUGGCAGGAGUCGGCCUGGCCUUCCUCGUCUCGGCCAGUGUAUCUUCAUUCGCCAUGGCUAACAUCCUCAUUGCUCUGCCCUUCGUCUUCAUGAUGGUCUUUGGUGGUUUUCUUGUCAAUCUCAACGCCAUGCUGAGCUGGCUCUCCUGGCUGCAGUGGAUCAGUAUCUUCAAAUAUGGACUGAACGCUGCAUUCAUCACCGAGUAUAAAGGACAGACUUUCUACUUUAACAAGACCAAGGUCCCGGGGGAGCUGUUGCUGAGAACCCAGGGCAUCGACUACUCUGUGUGGGGCUUCUGGCAGAACGAGGUGGCUCUGCUGGGAAUCACAUUGGUCUGCAUGUUCCUGGCCUACGUACAGCUGCGACGAAUCAACCGCUGGAAAUGAUGUCGGUCCCCUUAUGUAUUCAUCCUCUGUGUCUUUAUCUAAUUUAUUUAUCAGACCUCAAAUGAAACACAGACUACCAUUUGGGGGUAAAAAGAACAUAGUAUUGUAAAGUUGUUUUUAGAUGUUUCUUUCUAAUGUGAUUAUUUAAAUUAUUAUUUAAAAUUAGGGCCAUGAUUAUGGCCAAAAUGAUAAUCACGAUUAUUUUGAUCAAUAUUGUAAUCACGAUUAUUAAUCACGAUUAUUCAUUUUGUCAGGGAAAACAUCUGUAUUUUUAUUUCACUACUUUUAAACAAACAAUAGGAACAGUUUUAGUGUGUACACAGAGUGUCCGGUGCUUGUUGUAAACAAACAGAGAUCGCUAAGUGAACACCUCCUGCAGCAGCAGCACAUACACACUGUACUGCUACAGAGCUAACUGUUAGCCUGUUAGCAAUUUGCAGACUGGACGCUAAGGGGUUAACAUCCCCUCCGGCUCUGCAGCUGGGAGAGACUGCUGCAGGAGCACUGUGCCGCUUUUUGAAAAUUUGUCGCUAAGGACGCCUGAAAACUUGCUAAAUAUAGCAACAAAGUGUUGUUGUGGCGUUAAGUACUACGUCACAUCCUGCCUAUUGCUCACUCGUUAUAUUUAGUCAGCUACACGAAACCUUAAUUAUGCGUUCCCCCCUGGUGGUUGGUGGACUUCUGGUGUAGAAAGUGCUUGAUUAAAUAUGCAGGAGAGUCGCAUUUUAAAAUGGAAAUAUCGCCGACGAUCAGGUUAAUUUAAUCGUGGCGGCCAAAAUCGUGAUCACAAUUAGAAUAUGAUUAAUUGUGCAGCCCUAUUUAAAAUCUCAAUAUUCGUUAAACAUUCACACAGAGUCUCUCCCUCUCUCUUUCUCUCUCUCUCACUCUCACUCGUGCUCUGAUGCAUAAACUAACACACGUGUUAUAACAUUUGACUCCCAGGUGGAUUAGCUGCCACUAAGCACACUUGGUCUGUCCACGAGAGAAUGUACCGCCACACCAGCUUCUAAGUCCUCACAAAUCUACUUACAGUGAGGGAGGCCUCAUUGGCUAAAGCAAAGGAAAGAUGUACAGAAUGUAUACAUUACAGGGGAAUCUAGUUGUUUAAAAAAAUCACCAUUAUCAGUUCUAGAGCUAACGAAUAACAGACAGUGGA